AUUUCAUCGUCAUAUGUUUUGUGUGUCACAUAAAAACGUUCUGUCAAAUAUAUAUUAUUUUACCAAUUUAUAACUAUUUCAAUCUAUUAUCGUUUUAUUAAUAUAUAUUUCGUAAAUACAUAAUUUUUAAUACUUUAUGCUCUUUAAUAAAUAAUCAUAAUGGCGAGAAAAAGUAUCACCGCAACGUCCAGAUUAAAACAAGAUUAUUUGCGAUUGAAAAAAGAUCCUGUACCUUAUGUUGUUGCUGAACCAGUUCCUUCAAAUAUUCUCGAAUGGCACUAUGUCGUGAAAGGUCCAGAAAAUACGCCAUACGAAGGAGGUUAUUAUCAUGGUAAAUUAGUAUUUCCCGGAGAAUUUCCAUUUCAACCACCAAGUAUUUAUAUGACUACACCAAACGGCCGAUUCAAAGUCAAUACGCGAUUAUGUUUGUCAAUAUCUGAUUUUCAUCCUGACACAUGGAAUCCUGCUUGGAGUGUAUCAACUAUUCUUACAGGCCUUUUAAGUUUUAUGAUCGAAAAGAGCCCUACGCUUGGUAGUAUAAACACAACUGAUUGGGAAAAAAAACAGUGGGCAUAUCAAAGCUUAGAGUUUAAUCUCAAAGAUAAAACUUUUUGUAAACUAUUUCCAGAUACAGUUGCGGAGAUUAAAAGCGAACUGGAAAGUCGGAAAGAACGAGAGUUACAAACACGACAUCAGUCGACAACAUCUGAAGUAUCAUCGUUAAUUCGUAAUCAAUUAAAUAGAGAACAAAGUCCUAUUCAUAGCGCAUUAACGAAUUUAGCGGUUAUUGUAGGGUUUGCUGCAUUUGCUUAUACUGUUAAAUAUGUACUGCGAAAUAUUGCACUGGAAUAAGUAUAAUUAAAAUGAAUGUUAUAAAUAAAUAUGAUGAUGAUGAUGAUUUUAUGAUGAUGAAAUUCUCUUAGAAAAAGAAAAAAAAACGUUUAUAACAAAAAAAAAAAAACAAAAUCUACUUAUUGGAAUAUCGUGAAUAAUUAUCUUAAGUCAAUUUAUCGGUGCAAAGUAAUUCAACUAAAUAUCUCGAUGAUAUUAAGCAUGAGUUAUUUACAGUUGCUGCAGUUUAUAAGUUACUAAUAUUCAUGAAAUUAUAAUUUUUCUGUGAAUAUAUGCUAUUAAGAGAAAGAUGCUCGAUAAACGAUGGCCAGUUAGCUGCUAUGUUUUAAAAACUAAUUUUCUUUUUAUUUAAUUAAAUUCAUUUAGAAAAACAGAAAUUUAGUGAUGAAACAAUUAGAGCUUCUGUAAUAAAAUUUAUUUCUUGGAAUAUUUUUAAAAAUAAAAAAAAGACAGACAAGUAAUGCUUAAAUAAUUUAAGACUAAAGAUUAAUAUCAAUUUGAAUUAAAAAAAAAAAAAUAUGGUAAAUUUAUAUCGAUCAGUAGUUACUUAAAUUAUUUUUUUUUUACGAAAAAAUUACGGAUCAAUUGAAUAUUCUUAUGAAGUAACAAUUUUUGUUGAUAUAAAAAAACUUUGUUCGUCAUCGUUAGAACUAAAUGAAAAAAAUAACUUGAUAAGAUUUAUAUUGCUUCAGUUAUAUUUUUAAGUUUUAUUGUCAUAAUGACGUCAAUUAUGAUUGGGAAUAGUCUAUAUCAAUGUUAGACAAAAGCGAUGUAUAGACAUAUUAUUCUAACUUAUUAGGUGUAAAUGUGGCCAUCGGUAGAAAUAUUUGUAAAUAUAUAAUACUUACAAUUAAGAUGCAAUUAACAUACUUACAAGUUUAAACAAUUAAUGGUUUCAGUACAAAACUUGA